UUUUCUUUCAUGGUUUUCUUUAUUUUAAUGGAAUUAUUGUAAAAGGAGAUGAAGAUAAAGCAUUUGCAUCAUUUUCAAAAGCAUCAAAAGAUAAUUAUUCUAUGGCUCAAGUUUAUUUAUGUAAACUGUAUAAAGAUCCUAAAAAAGCCUUUUAUUGGUAUCAAAAAUCGGCAGAAAAUGGAAAUAAACUUGCACAAUUUUAUUUAGGUAAAUGGUAUGAAAAUAAUGAAAAAGAUGAUCUUAAAGCAUUUGAAUGUUAUGAGAAAGCAGCAAAAAGUGGAAAUAAAAUUGCUCAAUUAAAUUUAGGAUAUUUUU